CGGGGUCUGAGAGCCCAGGGAGAGAAGAGGUUGUUCUCUUGGGUUUCCCAGAAGCGCUGCCCAUGGCCCUGAAGCCUGGCCCAGCCUAGGGUGGGGGCCGGGGCCACGUUCCGCUCCAGUGGGCCGUGUCAGCCUUGUCAUCAGCGGGGCGGCCAGCUGGCUCCUGGAAGUCCAUCAUCUAACAGUCGUGCUCGUCAACAACUGCUUGGAAUCACCCAGAAGGGACGCACAACCUGCCCUCCUGGCCAUGGGUGGCGCCGUGGUUGACGAGGGCCCCACGGGCAUCAAAGCCCCGGACGGAGGCUGGGGCUGGGCCGUUCUUUUCGGCUGCUUUGUCAUCACGGGCUUCUCCUACGCCUUCCCCAAGGCGGUCAGUGUCUUCUUCAAGGAGCUCAUGCGUGAGUUUGGGAUUGGCUACAGUGACACGGCCUGGAUCUCCUCCAUCCUGCUGGCCAUGUUGUACGGGACAGGCCCACUGUGCAGCGUGUGCGUGAACCGCUUUGGCUGCCGGCCCGUCAUGCUCACGGGGGGCCUCCUGGCGUCCCUGGGCAUGGUGGCCGCGUCCUUCUGCAGAAGCGUCAUCCAGCUCUACCUCACCACUGGGGUGAUCACUGGCCUGGGUUUGGCGCUCAACUUCCAGCCAUCGCUCAUCAUGCUCAACCGCUACUUCAACAAGCGGCGCCCCAUGGCUAAUGGGCUGGCGGCCGCAGGCAGCCCUGUGUUCCUGUGCGCCCUGUCACCGCUGGGCCAGCUGCUGCAGGACCGCUACGGCUGGCGGGGCGGCUUCCUCAUCCUGGGCGGCCUCCUCCUCAACUGCUGCGUGUGCGCCGCGCUCAUGAGGCCCCUGCGGGCGCCCGGGCCGGCUCCGGGCCCCGCGCCCCAGCGGCCGCCCCACCGGCUGCUGGACCUGAGUGUCUUCCGGGACCGCGGCUUCGUCAUCUACGCCGUGGCCGCCUCCAUCAUGGUGCUGGGGCUCUUCGUGCCCCCCGUGUUUGUGGUGAGCUACGCCAAGGACCUGGGUGUGCCCGAUGGCCAGGCCGCCUUCCUGCUCACCGUGCUGGGCUUCAUCGACAUCUUUGCCCGGCCCACGGCCGGCUUCAUCACAGGCCUGGAGAAGGUGCGGCCCUACUCCGUCUACCUCUUCAGCUUCUCCAUGUUCUUCAACGGCUUCACGGACCUCACGGGGUCCACAGCCGGCGACUACGGAGGCCUGGUGGUCUUCUGCAUCUUCUUCGGCAUCUCCUACGGCAUGGUGGGAGCCCUGCAGUUCGAGGUGCUCAUGGCUAUCGUGGGCACCCAGAAGUUCUCCAGUGCCAUCGGCCUCGUGCUGCUACUGGAGGCCGUCGCCGUGCUCAUUGGGCCCCCGUCGGGAGGCAAGCUCCUGGACGCGACGCACGUCUACCAGUACGUGUUUGUCCUGGCGGGGGCCGAGGUGCUGGCCUCCUCCCUCGUGCUGGUGCUGGGCAACUUCUUCUGCAUUAGGAAGAGGCCCGAGGCGGCCGUGGAGGAGGAGCGCCGCAAGCCCCCCGCGGACGUGAGGGUGGACUCCCGGGAGGUGGAGCACUUCCUGAAAGCAGAGCCCGAGAAAAACGGGGAGGUCGUUCACACGCCAGAAACGAGCGUCUGAGCCCGGGAGGCCAGCGGGGGUGACGGAGCCGGACAGAGACGUCAACGCUCAUGUUUAUUUCACAGUCAGGACCAGCUUGGCCGCCCGCGUGUCUCCGGGGAGGUGGUGGGCGGGGAACCGCGUCAUUCCACACUGUGGUGAAGCUGAACCGCGAGGUCACAAGCCGUCUGCACUGGGGACCCAAGCCUGCUGACCCCGGAGCUGCCCGGUGCCCACUGCUGAGCUCAGGGACCUAGAAACCCACGCUUCAGAGACAACAUGGCAGGCAUCAGAGGGCGGGGCUGGGGGGAGCCCGCGGAGUGGCACCAUCUCGGGAGGGGGCUUCCCCACGUUCCUGGCUGCGCCCU